AUGGAAACUGGAACUUUGAAGUGUGGGGAAGAAGGAGAGGGGGGACAUAGGGAGGAUGAUGAUGAUGAGGAGGAGGAGGAGGAGGAGAGUGACUGUGUGGUGCGUCCGAAGGAGGGGAGUGGUGGUGGAGGGAAGGUAGUGGUGAGCGCCGUGAAGAUUAAACUGGGGAGGUUCAGUGCACGGGAGGAGGACGAAGAGAGGGGGGGAUUGGGAGGUGCGGAUGGGGGGGUGGGUGGCGGCUGUGGUGUGAAGGAGGUUGGCGCGAGGCUGGUGGUUACUGGAGAGCAGGGUGCUGACAGUGCCGCCGCACAUGGUGCUGCUGCUGCCACUACUGCUGUAGAAGACACAGCAGCAGCAGCGGCAGCAGUCCCUGCAGCAGCAGCAGCAGCAGCAGCAGCAGCAGCAGCAACAGCAGCAGCAGCAGCAGCAGUCCCUGCAGCAGCAGCAGCAGCAGCAGCAGCAGCAACAGCAGCAGCAGCAGCAGCAGGUGCAUGUGCGAGCGCGAGGGUGCCAAAGCGGUGUGACUGGAGCGACAUUCUGCAGCGGUCAACGCGAGUGGCGCGCGUUGCCAAGGGUGGCAGCAGCAGCAGGCCUCGUGCUCUGGGAUCUGUGGCGCGCGCGUGCAGAGGGCCGUGGGAAGCGUAUGAUCUGCCCUCGCCCCGCCCUGCUGCUGCUGCUGCUGCUGCUGAUGGCGCUGCUGGUGAGGAGGAGGGUGCUUGUGCUGGCGGGGUUGGUGGGGUGACUGGAGAGGUGAAAGCUGAGGGGGAUGCGGAGGGGUUUGGAGAGGAGCGGCAUGGGGAAGGGCAUGAGAAUGAGAGCAGCUCUGCAGAAGGUGGUGCAACGAAAACCCCGUCAAGCCCACGGAGUGAUGGCAGCAGGAAGGCGUGCAGGGCCCAUUCUCCAGGGCGCACUGUAGGUGACUCCCACGAGGAGAAAGGGCCGCACGGGGGGCAAGGGGGGGAUCUGGGAACCGGGCAGGGGCAGCAGCAAAAGGAGAGCACAGGAGGUGGUAAUAUCAAGGGUGGAGGAGAUGAGGGGCGUGUGCAGGGGCAAGAGCGUGACGGCGCUUGCAAUGACAAUGACCCUCUUGUGAAGGACUCGCCUGGCACGCCUCUGUCAACAGUGGCACGGAUGGGAGCUGCGGGUAGGGCUGAUGCAAAGGGCGGUGAGGGAGGGAGGCUGGCGGAGGGAGCAACAGCUGUUGGAGAAGUUGCUGAUGCAACUGCUGGACAGUCUGUUGCUGCCAUUCCUCCUGAAAUGUCUGCUGCUGCUGCUGCUGCUGCCGAGACUGCUUCUGCUGCCGCUUCUGCUGCUGCUGAUGCUUCUUCUGCUUCUUCUUCUGUGGCGCCUCCUCCUCCUGCCACUAUCACUGUUGCUGGUGCUUCGCCUGUUGAUCCUUCUCCUUCCACUGCUACUCAAGCUAGGCCAGGAACUUCCACAUGCUUACGCGACGAAAAAGCAGCUGGCCUUUCGACAGGGGCAACUGAGCUGGAGAAGCAAGGGGAGGGGGCAGUAGAGAACGCAGAUGGGGAAGAAAGCACCCAAGUGCUAUCCCAGGGGAGUGGUGGAGAGGAGAAGGAGAGCGCAGUGGAGUUGAAAAAGGAGAUGCGCAUGGAGCAGAGAGUGCGGAGCACGCAAGUGGGUGUUGGCACAGCAGCAGUGGAGGCAGCUGUAGGAGGUGCAGGUGAGAAGAGAGGGGAGGAGGAUGAGGGUGGGACGCAGGCAGGAGAGGGUGGUGUGGGUGUGGAACGGCGGCGUGAGGAUGGGGUUUUGGGCACGCGGAUUGAGGGAGUUGUGAAAGGAGGGGAGCCUGCGAGUGGUAAGGUUGAGGGGAGUGGAUGUGGAAGGGCGGAGGCGGGCACAGUGGGCUUGGUGAGUAAGGCAGGAGAGGAAGCACAGCAGGAAGAAGGAGAGCGGGCAGGGGAGGCAGAAGGGGGAGGGGAGGCAGGGAAGGGAGGAGAGGCGGAUGGGAAAGGGGAGGCAGAGAUGGGAGGGGAGGCAGAGGAGGAAAAGGAUGGAGUAAAAAGCUGUAAGAAGCGCAGGAGGUGCGAAGCGAGUUGGACAGUGGCAGGGGGGGAGAAGGAUGCAGGGUCAGCCAUGGAGAAGAGUAGGGAAACGACUGGUGCAGUGAUGCGCGCUGUUGCAGCAACGGGCUCAGAUGCUGCAGGCUCAGGCAAGAGGGAUUCAGCAGAGGAGGGAGGUCUGGGUCAUUCAAAGGAGAAUAGUGGUGGGAAGGGAGGUGAGAGCGGUGCAGUGGGUGCCUCAGCAGCAGGCGCAGAUGAUGCUGCGGAGGAAGGGAGGGGUGACGAGGGGUGCUGGGUGGUUGGUGAGAGUGGGGAUGAGGAGGAGAAAGGCAGCCGGGAGGAGGGGGCAUCAGAGCAGGAGGGCCCGAAGCAGGGUAGUAAGAGGGAGGUUCGAAAAGGGGCGCAAGCAGAGAGUGAAGCAGUGGAGAGCGAAGCAGCAGCAGCAGACACGGGUGGGACACAAAAGGCCCGCAGAGGGGACGCGCCUGCUGCGCUUGUGCCUUCUUCUUCUAUUGCAGGCGGAACUGCUGGUGUGCGGACAAGGGCAAGCAGGGGGGAAGCAGCAGGCGAGGAGAGCAGGAGGCGGGGCAGUGGGAGAGAGGGAGGCGUGGCGCUACGGAGGAGUGCGCGGGUGGCAGAUGGCAUGGGCGGGUGGAAACGAGGGUUCUGGGCGCUAGACGAUGGGUGGUAUGAGCAGGAGCAGCGUGAGGGGGAGAGGGCGAGGCGAGGGCGCAGCAGGGCCAGGCAGAAGACGGGAGAUUCGGAGGGCAAGGGUGCUGGGGAUAAGACGGAGGAUGCGAGUGGUGAACACAGCGCAGGGGAGAGAGGGUGGGAUGCUGCAGAGGGUGGGGGGAAGAAGAGGGAUCGGGGUGGUUUAGAUUCUGAUAAGAGCAGAAGCACCAGUGGUGGGGCAUGCGGAGAAACGAGUGGGGUUGGGGCGGUCACAGCGAGAAGCGAGGCAAGUCCGUCUGGAGGGGUUGCUGUUGCUGCUGGUGCUGCUGCUGCUGCUGCUGGUGCUACUGCUGCUGCCACUGCUGGUGUCACUGCUGGUGCUGCGUGCAGUGGCAGUGAGCGGGCAGUGCAAGCAGUGCAAGAGCCUGUGGUGGUGUGGCUCAUGGGCCGGCCUUUAGUCAUGGGCACCCGCCCUUGCCCUCCCUCCCCUGCCGCCACAACUCCUUGCACCACCAUUCCUCCUCCUCCUCCCCCUCCUCAUUCUGUUGCUGCCGCUGGCGCGGCUGCUUUAGAUUCUACAUCCACCCCUCCUGCGCCUGUGUCUGUGCUCCCACCCAAAGCUGCCUCUGCUCGUAUUACCCCACCUGCCACUGCAGCGCACGCCGCAUCUUGGGCUAACGCCGCUACCCUUCCUCCCAUCCGCACCAGCACCACUGCUGUCACUGCCAGCACACCCAUUGCUGCUCCCACUUCCGCUGUGCCGCCAGCCGUUGCUGCUUCGUCCCCCCCUGCGGCGCACAUGGUAUCGCCUCUGAAUGCACCUGUGCCUGUGGGCCUUGCCCACAUGCCUGGCAGCAUGGCCGGCUGGUGGGGGUUGAGAGGCCAGCAUGUGCCAGCAGCAACCACAACAGGAGCAGAAACAGGAGGAGCAGUGGGGGCUAUUGGAGGGGCAGGCCGGCAUGACUGGGCCAACGCAGGCCACCCUGCGUUUCAGCAUGCUGCGUUCCCUCGUGGCCCUCCUCUCUCCCACCCCGUUCCCACUGCACCACCUGCAUCAUCUGCACCUGCCGGCACAGCUGGCAACUUCCCAGGGCAGAGCGGGGGAAUGCGUUUGCAGCCGGGGAGUAUGGGCAGCGCCAGUGACCCGUUGCAUCCGCAUUCACUAGCCGCACCAGCAGCGGUCCCCAUGCUAGGAGGCACAGCAGCAGCACCAUCUGCUCUUGCCGCACCAUAUGGUGUGGAGCAAGGGUGGAGAGACAGCGGAGGAGGAAGCGGAGGAGGAGCAGGGGAGGUGAAAGCGAGGUUCCGACCGGGCGAGGUGGUUGUGCUUGAUGACUCCCCGCCCUGCUCUCCCACCAAUGCACAUGCCGCGGACAGGGAAGCAACAGCAGCAGGAGCCACAAGCACCAAUACUGCUUCUGGUGCCGUCGCACCCGGCAAUACCCCUCUCAACCUAACACCACCGAGCGCCUCUUCUGCUCUUGCCCCGCCUCCUCACCCCAUGCAGCCUCCGUUCAGGCCUCCCCUACUCUCCCAUCCUAACCUCCAUCCCGGCCUCACCAUUCUCCCUCUUCCUGCCUUCUCCUCUUCUUCUAGCCCGGAUCUUCCCCGUGCUUCUCCUCUCCCUCUUGCAUCCUCUCUUGCACACCGCUCCCCGCAACCUCUCCCUGCCCCGCCCGCACCUUCCCUACCGCCCUCUCUCCCAGCAUCCGCACCUGCAGCUGGGGAGCAGAAGGUGGUGCUUAUGGCGGUGGGCAUGCAGGGGGCCCGGCACGUGUAUCGGCUCACUCAAUGCGCAACAGCAUGGGCCGGGGGCGAGGCUCAAAUGGUCACCUUGGGGGCACUCCACAUGGGGCUGCUGCGCGUGGUGCAGGUGCUGCGAGUGCUGCAAGUGGUGCAAGUGGUGCAGGUGGUGCAAGUGGUGCAGGUGCUGCGAGUGCUGCAAGUGGUGCAGGUGGUGCAAGUGGUGCAGGUGGUGCGAGUGGUGCGAGUGGUGCUGGUCCGUUGA